AUGGAUUUGGAACAACAUCAUACAAGUCAUUCGCAUUCAGCAAAGAUAGUGAAACAAUAUUUAGAAGAAAAUAAUAUACAAGUUUAUCCAUUACCACCCUACAGUCUAGAUAUUAAUAUAAUUGAAAAUCUUUGGUCAAUUGUUAAAGAAAGGGUAUCAAAAAAGAUGUUUCAUGACCCAUCACAAGACCAAGUUCAGGUAUGUCAAGAUGCAUAUCAUUCAAUAGAAAAAUCAAUUAUAAAAUCAUUAUAUGAAUCACUCCCUGACCGAAUAGAUGCCAUAUUAAAAGCACAUAUAGGGACCAUCACUGAUGCGGGUGCUGCUGCAGGUUGUGCUGAUACAGGUGGUUCUACUGCGGGUGGUGAAAGUGGCACUAGUGGGACAGGUGGUACAGGUGGUACAGGUGGCACAUCAACAAGUGGAUCAACAGGUAUAAUAGCAGGUAACUCUUCAGACGCAUCAGAGGACUCUUCAAAAGGUUCAUCAGAUAGCAGAUCAUCAUCAGCCAAAUUAGCCCAAGAAGAUAUUCAAUCCGAAAAUCACAAUAUUAAAUCAGAGAUUAUAAUUCUUCAAGAUAAAUUCAGUAAAGAAUCUUUCAACAUUGGUCAUGAUACUCUAGUUGGUAUAUCAGAAGUUUCACCGAGUUCUCAUACUGAUAGAGGGGAUAGAUCCAUCAACAUUGGUUUUUCAAAGAAAUUGAUUAAAAGCAUGAAAUCGAAUGUUGGUAGUUCAAAUGCAGGUGCUAAUGGUUCACCAAUCAUCCUAUUGAAUACUUCAGAAGAAAUCAAUGGUGAUAGAAUCAAAGAGAUUGAACAUGAAUCUGAAAGUUAUAGAAUUGCAAAAAAGAAUUUAGCAAUGGAAAAAGAUUUAGAAACAAAUCUUCUACCUUUAAAAUUUAGUACACUCAAAGAAUCACUCUUAAGAGAUCUCAAAAAUAGAUAUAAUAUAGCAACUAAUGAAAGAAGAAAGAGAAAAGAAAAAGAAAAAAAAAAGGAAAAAGGAGGGGAAAAAGAAAACAUAGAGACAGAUAGGGAUAGGGACAGAAAUAGGGAUAGAGACAGAGAAAGGUCAAAGAAUUAA